UCUAUUAUUACAUCUCUUAUCUUAAUUCUUCUCUCUAUCGCAGUAAUGGCUUCUUCUUCCUCUUCUUUAUCUCUUUCACUUCCUUCACCCUCUUUGUUACAAACCUGGGAAUACGAUGUUUUUACGAGCUUUCAUGGCCCAGAUGUACGCAAAACCUUUCUCAGUCACGUUCGGAGGGAGUUCAAAAGGAUAGGAAUCAACAUGUUCAUUGAUGACGAGAUGGAGAGAGGAGAAUUCAUCGGUCCUGAACUCGAACGGGCGAUCAGAGGAUCUAAGAUUGCUGUUGUCUUACUCUCCAAGAAUUAUGCUUCUUCUUCGUGGUGUCUUGACGAAUUGGUGGAGAUCAUGGUGAAUAUGAAAGAGUCAUGUCAAACGGUGUUUACCAUUUUCUAUGGAGUAAAACCAACGGACGUAAGGAAGCAGGGGGGAGACUUUGGAGAGGCCUUCAAAGGAACUUGUCAAGGUAAAACUGAGGAGAAGGUUCAGACAUGGACGAAAGCUUUGACGGAUGUGGCCGAAAUCGCAGGUUACGAUUUCAGCGAGUGUGAUGAUGAAGCAACCAAGAUUGGCGAAAUUGCUACUGAAACUUUGAAAAAGCUUACUGAUUUGACACCAUCACAUGAUUUUGAGCGUUUAAUUGGGAUGGAAGCUCAUAUGAGAAGGAUGAAUCAGUUGGUGCGUCUAGAUUUGGAUGAAGUGAGGAUGAUUGGGAUUUGGGGUCCGCCUGGAAUUGGGAAGACCACCAUCGCCAGGUUUCUAUUUAACCAACUUUCCGGUAGUUUCAAAAAUAGCGCAUUCAUCUCGGGUAUAAGAGGAAAAUAUCCAAGACCUUGUCUUGACAGGGAAAAUGCAAAAUUGAAACUACAAGAAGAAAUGUUUUCUCAGGUGCUCAACGAGAAAGAUAUUGAGAUUCCUCAUUUAGGAGUCGCACAACAACGGUUGAGACACAUGACAGUGUUUCUAGUUCUCGAUGAUGUUGAUCAGUUACUACAACUACAAGCAUUGGCAGAAAAUGUUCAGUGGUUUGGUCCUAGAAGUCGAAUUAUCAUCACAACUGAAGAUCGAAGACUUUUGAAGGCACAUAAGGUCGAGCAUAUAUAUACGGUGAAGUUUCCAUCAAAUGAUGAGGCUCUUCAAAUGUUCUGCAUGUAUGCUUUUAAACAAAAGACACCUGAAGAUGGUUUCGAUGCACUUGCUCGUGAAAUUACAUACAUUGUCGGUGAACUUCCUUUAGCACUAGAGGUUAUUGGAUCCCACUUUCGAGGAUUGUCUAAGGAGGAGUGGCCUAUGGAAGUAUCAAGGUUAAGGACUACCCUUGAUAAAGAUAUUGAGAGCAUUUUGAAGUUCAGUUAUGAUGCUUUAUCUGAUGAAGAGAAAGAUUUAUUCCUCCAUAUAGCUUGUAUUUUCAACUACAUGGAUAUGGAGAAAGUUGAAGAAUAUCUUGCUGAAAGUUUCGACCAUGUGGGUCAAAGGCUUCGAGUGUUAGCUGAUAAAUCACUCAUAUAUAUUAUUCUGCCAUAUGCCGCAUAUAUUCCCGGUCGGUCAUUUUGUACAAUAGAAAUGCAUAAGAUGUUGGCCCGACUAGGUAGAAAAAUUGUCCAAUCUGGUAAGUUUCCACAACGCCGGUUUUUGUUUGAUCGUAAAGAUAUACAUGAAGUAAUGAUUGAUAAUACAACAAUGACUAGAAGUGUUGUAGGCAUAUACUCUGAGGAUCAGUUAAAUGCAACUGAGAAAGCUUUUGAAGGAAUGACUAAACUCCAGUUUCUAAAAGUCAAUAGGUAUGGUCGUCGAAAGAAAAUAUCUUAUCAGGGACCUCUGAGCUUUACAUCUCCCAAUCUACGCUUGCUAGACUGGCCAUAUUGCCCGAUGACAUGUUUGCGUUUCAUGAAUGACGACCUGGAGUUUCUUUUCGAAUUAAGCAUGGCUGACAGCAAACUUGAGAAACUGUGGGACGGAAAUAAACUACUUCGAAAUCUCAAUCGGAUGGAUUUGAGUUUUUCUAAGAAUCUGAAGGAGCUUCCUGACUUCUCAACAGCCACUAAUCUCAAAGAACUACAACUCGGUAGUUGCUCAAGUCUGAUGGAGCUCCCUUACUCUAUUGGGAAUGCAACUAGUCUUCACAGUUUAGAUCUAAGUGGUUGCUCAAGUCUGGUGGAGCUCCCUUACUCUAUUGUGAAUGCAACUAGUCUCCAUGAGUUGUAUCUCAGAAAUUGCUCAAAUCUGGUAUCACUCCCACAGCUUCCGGAUUCUCUAGAGUGCCUAGAUGCACUAAAUUGUGAGUCCCUAGAGAAACUAGAUUGCUCCUUCUGCAAUCCAUGUAUUUGUCUCUACUUCGAUAGCUGCUUCAAACUAAAUAAAGAAGCAAGAGAUCUCCUCACCCAGACAACUGCUAAAUUGGUGGUCGUACCCGGUAAAGAAGUGCCUGCGUGCUUCACUUACAGAGGUUAUGGGAGUUCCAUAACAGUGAAGUUGAAUCAAAAGCCUCUUCGUACACCAACAAUAUUUAAGGCAUGCGUCUUGUUUGAAAGAGAUGCUGAUAGUGAUGAUCUUUGGUGGUGUACCAAGAAGAAUAAAGAUGGUAUUCUGGAACGACGGUCCCUGUCUUGUUGCCUAUCAAUCUCCCGUGGAAAAUACUAUAGUGAAAGUUUUUUAACGGAGCAUCUAUACAUCUCUCACACUCUCGUACGAGAGGAGGUGACUUCCACCGAGCUUGUUUUUGAUUUCUCUGACAGGAUAAAAGAAUGCGGGAUAAUCCAGCUCUUCGAGCAUCAUGUUGAUGGCGACGAAGAGAUGUGUGAAAAGGAUAUCAUGUUGAUAUAUAAAGAGCAUCAUGUUGAUAUAGCGGAUUGUCGGAUUUCAUAAAUGCCUGGAUGGCUGGAUCUGAGACAAAAAAAAACAUUGAAACUCAAGUCAGAGAGAGAGAAGCCGGCAGGGCUGUUUUCAUUUUCAUUGACUUUGUAGAUGGAACUCUGCAUAACAACUGUUCGAUGAAAUGUCUAAAUGGCAAUUGAAUUGUAUAAUCAUACUACCAACUAAUAGUUUUUAAAAUUGUAGCUGGUGGAGUGUAAGGAACUCUUAAAGGUGAAGUUGAUGCCAUCCAUGAAUAUCUAAGGAACAGGAACAAUGAAGAAGACCUGAUGGAAAAGAAGUUGCUAUAGAUGUCUCAAAUGCCUUAAAUCGGGGAAAUGUAUAGGAGCUAGAAUCAACCUGGAGGCUAAGGAAAUCUGCAAGACAAUUCAGCUACAGCACCAUCAUAUAUGGCAGCGUUUUGUGUUCACCACUUUGAACGUUCAACAGAGUUGUGACUUGAGAAAAACAGAGCACUCUGUUGGUACAAAGUUUCAUAUAUAGUACAAAUUUUAUAAACAAAGUACUGUAUAAAAGAAAAAAUACGAAAAAAAUCUGGAGAAAUCAGACUUUUUGGAAUUGAAAAACCCAUUGUUGUAUUAUUUGGAAUAUAAAAGCAAAGAAGGACAAGGCUGAUAUCGAAGAGAAUUCUGCUUUUGAUGAAUUACGCUGCAGAGAAAGAAGUCGGAUCAUUGUAACAUUUUGAAGUGGUGUAGCAACGAUUUUGUUUUCAAGGUUUCAAUGUCCAUAAUUCAUAAUUUCAAAUA